UCCGGCGGGGGGGGGGAUUAGCUUUAGCACGCUAGCUGUGUUGAGCUCUCAUUAGUGGGCAGCGACACAGCAACAGAUGAGGUGACGGGCUGCAGCUGCUAGCGUCGUUAGCAUCGUUAGCAAGGAGCUUUUUUAACCCUCCACCCAGAGCAGAAGGUGGCGACUGGUAGAAGAGUGCACCGUGCCCGUGAGAGGAGCGGCUGCACGGGGAGGAAGGUUCCCCCCCCGCAAUGGUGGAUCUCACGCUGCCCCCUCACCCUCUCCCUGUCUCUCCUCUCUCCUCGCUGCAGGGAUUACUGUCCAUCCUGCGUAAGCUAAAGAGCACACCGGACCAGGAGGUGAGGAUACUGCUGCUGGGUCUGGACAACGGCGGCAAGACCACCCUGCUCAAACAGCUGGCGUCCGAGGACAUCAGCCACAUCACCCCCACACAGGGAUUCAACAUUAAGAGCGUCCAGUCUCAGGGUUUUAAACUGAAUGUCUGGGACAUCGGAGGUCAGAGGAAGAUCAGGCCGUACUGGAGAAACUACUUUGAAAACACCGAUGUGUUGAUCUAUGUCAUCGACAGCGCAGACAGGAAGAGGUUUGAGGAAACCGGUCAGGAGCUGGCUGAGUUGCUGGAUGAGGAGAAGUUGAGCGGCGUUCCCGUUCUCAUCUUCGCGAACAAACAGGACCUGCUGACCGCCGCCCCGGCCUCCGAGAUCGCAGAGGGUCUCAACCUGCACACCAUCCGCGACCGCAUGUGGCAGAUCCAGUCCUGCUCCGCCCUCACCGGAGAGGGGAUCCAGGAGGGGAUGAACUGGGUCUGCAAGAGCGUCAACUCCAAGAAAAAAUAGCUUCGCUUCUAGUCUUCUGCUCCUCGGGAGGAAAUGGCAGCAGCAGCACACACACACACACACACACACGCACACACACACGCACACACACACACACACACACACACACAUCCUCCUGAGCCUUAGUAUGAUGAGAUAUACCUGUGAAUGUAAACACACUACUAAUCCAACAUGGACCUGGAGUUUUAAUCCCCUUCAUCCCUAUAUCACUGUUUUAUCAAUCCACACAUCGUCCUGUGUUUGUCUCUAGAAAGAGGAGAGGUGGUGGUGGUGGUGGUGGUGGUGGUGGUGGGGCGGCCCAUGCCAGGAAAUCAACCCCCUCUGCUACUCCACAGUCCACCUACGUCACCACCAGUGUCCCAGCCAAUCCCAGUCACCGUCCGCAGCCCGUCACAACCUCAAACAUUCCCGUUAAACUGCUCUUUCAUUGGAAUUCCAUCUUAUUCUCUAAACUGUUUCGCACGCUGUCCUGGAAACCAGCUCAACUACCACCUCCGCCCACUCAUUCCGUCACUUUUCUUAUUUCUAUCAUUCCACGUCGGCUGUAAGUGCGUUUCCUGCUCUGUUUGAAGUGAGGUAUAUUUUUGUAACUGUUUUAUUUAUGGUGAAGUACAGCGUAGAGUGCUCUUAAAACACCAGUGUGUGUGUGUGUGCGUGAUUUUAAGGAUGUCCAACUCUCCCCGAUAAAGAAUAUUACUGUACAUGUUAAUAUGUAUAAAAAAGAUUAUGAGGAACUACAUUUUUUUUGGAUCAAAUGUAAAUAGCUCAGCCCUGUGUUCAUAUGUUAGGUUAUGCACAUGUUAUAGAGGAUUCGUUACCCUGCUGUACUUUGUAAUCUAUAAUGUUUGCAUAUCUAAUAUAUGCUGGUAGAUUUUUAACAAAGGUAUGUACUGUAUUAUCAGCGUGUGAGGGAAUUCACUCUUUGGACGUCUCCUUUUGAUAUUCUUGAAUGUAAUCUGUCCAGAAUUGAAGGUACUGUAGGUGAAUUAAAAAGUGUCUCAGAAAUCA